AUGUCAAUAUUCUCUGCUACUACAUGGCCCAGAGACGGCAAUGUAUAUCUAAUAAGGCUGUGCUUCUAUGGACUAACUCUUCUCCAUGCAACUGUCCAUGGGCUUUCAGAAGAUGGUGCCCUACUUUUGCAAAUAAAAAGUUCUCUCCAAGAAGGGCUAACAGACGUGCUGCCAGACUGGACAAACACAUCUUCUGAUCCAUGCAACUGGCAAGGUGUCAACUGCACCACAACAACAACAGAAGAUAAGGUUAUUUUAAUUUCACUGCCUGGUAAAAACCUUUCUGGCCAACUUUCUCCAUUGAUAGGGAAGCUUACCAGAUUAGAGAAGUUUGAUUUGUCAAACAACAGAUUACAUGGAGGCAUUCCUAAUGAAGUGGGUAACUGCACCCAACUUAGCCAGCUCAAUCUUUCAUACAACUUCUUCAGUGGUGCCAUCCCAUCAACAAUCUCCAAUUGCAGCAUGCUUACCCUUCUUGACCUGAGCAAUAACAAUAUAUCUGGGGAGUUUCUUCCUGAGCUAGGUGAACUUUCUAACCUGUCUGAACUUUUGUUAUAUUCUAACAAUCUGACUGGUGUUGUGCCAGCAUCUCUGGGUAAGCUUUCAAAUCUCCUUGUUCUGAGAGCUGGGUGGAAUGACUAUACUUCCUCCUUACCACCUGAGCUUUGGAAUUGCACUAAUCUCAGAUAUCUCAGUUUUUCUUCCUCAAAUUUGAGAGGCACAAUCCCACCUGAAGUGGGUAAUUUGAGAAGACUUGAAGAGCUGCAUCUCUUUGAGAAUCAGCUCACUGGUAUUAUUCCUCCAACCAUUGCAAAUUGUACGGCCCUGCAAGUACUUAAUCUUUUUACAAACAACAUACGAGGUCCUAUUCCAAGAGAGCUUGGUCUUCUUACUCAACUACAAAGAUUGUUGAUCUUUGAGAAUCUUCUCUCAGGUUCUCUUCCUAGCGAAUUGGGUAACUUGUCUAUGUUGUAUCAGAUAGGUGCAGCUUAUAACCAUCUCAAUGGAGUUAUGCCCUCUGAAUUUAGCAAGUUGAAAAGACUCCGUUUCCUAAGGUUGUCUAACAAUAAUCUUACCGGCACGGUUCAUACAACUGUUGCCAAUCUUACAAGUCUGCAAGUAUUAGAUCUGGCAGAAAAUCAAUUCAAUGGCAGCUUGCCAGAAGGGAUUGGGUUUCUUCCAAAUCUAAGUAAGUUAUAUGCUGGCGGAAAUAGGUUAGAAGGUCAACUGCCACAAGCGCUUGGAUCAUUCAGCAAAUUGGAGAUCAUUGCUGCCGACUCCAACAAAUUAAGAGGCCAGAUUCCAAGUGGAAUAUGCAGAGCUAAAGAGCUAAAGGUUCUUGUUUUAUUAGAUAAUUCGCUUGAGGGAAAUAUUUCUGAGCUUUUGAGUGAUUGUGUUUCUUUGGAAAGAGUUCGGCUUGAAAAUAAUCAAUUGACGGGUAUUAUUCCUGUCGAUAUUUUUAAGCUCUCUAACCUUUACUAUCUUGAGCUCUCCUUUAACAAUAUUCAUGGAGAAAUACCAGCUGAGAUAGGUGAACUCAAGAACCUUACUAAUCUCCUUCUCUGUGGAAAUAAUUUAAGUGGUGCUAUUCCUCCUCAAAUUGGGGCUCUCACAAAACUGGGUAGACUCAAUUUGAGUGACAAUAAUCUCACUGGAAAUAUUCCUCCACAGAUUGGAAGCCUCAGUAAUCUAGAAAAUCUAGAUCUCAGCCAGAACUCUCUUGAAGGUGCUGUUCCUUCAGAGCUUUGCAACAAUUUGUCUUCCUUGUUCUUUUUAAAGUUGGGCUCAAACAAUUUGAGUGGAAGCAUUCCAUCAUCUCUUGAAUAUUGCUCAGAGCUGAUAGAGUUGGACCUGUCUAGAAACAGAUUUGUCAAGUCCAUUCCCAGAGAAUUAGGAAAGCUGGAGCAUUUGCAAAUUGGCUUGAAUUUGAGUUGGAAUAGGCUACCAGGAUCUCUUCCAGCGGAUAUAGGAAAUUUGAUAGUUUUAGAAUUAUUGGAUGUUUCCCACAACCAGCUGUCUGGUCAGAUUCCGGCAUCUUUCUCAGGCAUGAAGAGUCUUUACAAAUUCAAUUUUUCAUUCAAUCAGUUCACAGGGCAAAUUCCUGGGUUAAAAGCUUUCUCUAAUGCUUCAGCAACGGCCUUUGAUGGUAAUGCGGGAUUGUGCGGUCCACCCACUUCCAAUGGCUGUCCUCUCUCAAAAAACAGGGCUACUAGCAAUAAGAAAAGUUUGGGAAUAGGCAGCAUAGUUGGAAUUAUUGUUGCAGGAAUGGCUGCCAUUACGCUACUUAUUAUAGCCUUUAUAUAUUACAAGGGCAUUGCUCAAGAUAAAAGAGAACAGAAAGAGGAGGAUAUUAACAAUGUCGAGAGCUUGGAUUUGGCCGGAGGCGAGUAUAGAAUUACAUACGAAGCAAUCAUGAAGGCCACUGAAGAAUUUAGAGAUAGUUAUCUAAUUGGCUCUGGAUCCUUUGGAAAAGUGUACAAGGCCAAUCUGGGAAAUGGGGAAGGAGGAAGGGGAAAUAGUAUGGUUGUGGCUGUGAAGGUUUUUAAUGUACUGGAUGAAGGGAAAAGUGCGAGUAGCAGUUUGAGGCGCGAGAUAGAAGCUCUCAAGUUUGUCCGCCAUAGAAACAUUGUGCAUCUGCUUGGCUGGAUGCGUGUUCCCAACAUGAAGUUGGAGAUUUUGGUCUAUGAAUAUAUGCCCAAGGGUUCAUUAUGGGAAGCACUGAAUUUAGCAGCAGUACCUGUAGGUAAUUCAAAACCAGAGAAACUGAAAUGGAAAACUCGUUACAACAUUGUAGUGGGAGUUGCACAAGGUCUCAAAUACUUGCACCAUGAUUGCAUACCUCCAAUCAUUCAUGGUGACGUUAAAUCUGCUAACAUUCUACUGAACAAUGAUUACAUAGCACAUGUUUCUGACUUUGGCCUUGCAAAACUGAUGAAUUCAGAAGGGCAAUCCAGCAGCUCCUCUGUGUUUGCUGGUUCUUAUGGUUAUAUGGCUCCAGAAUGCGGCUACGAAGUGAGGUCUUCAACAAAGCAAGAUGUGUACAGCUUUGGCGUUGUGGUGCUAGAACUAGUUACGGGAAAACCAGCCAUAGGUGAAGAGGAUGGAGGAGGUCCAGAAGGCAAAGGGCUAGUUGAAUGGGCUACUCAUAUGAGAGAAAGAAAGUGCGACAUUGUUAUGGGCUUGGUAGAUGCAGAGCUCAGAAGUGAUUAUGAACUGUGGAGCAAUGAAAUAGAGAAAGUGAUUGAUGUUGCAUUUCUAUGUACUCAAGUUUCCCCAAAAAUCAGACCAACAAUGCAACAAGUAGUGGACUUGCUUUCUCCUCCAUCUCCACUGCUAGCUGAGUGUGCACCAUUAUUCAAUUGA